AGGUUAGCCUGCAGCUUAAAAACCCUUCCUGCCUGUGUGCUGUCACAGCAUGGUGCGACGACUUCGACAGCCCAGUGAACUACCUCUUAUGAAAUAAAGAAAUGGAUGGGAUGGAUGAAACAUCUAAAAGAAUCCUAGAGCCAUACCAGUAUUUACUUCAACUACCAGGUAAGCAAGUGAGAACCAAACUGUCACAGGCCUUUAAUCACUGGCUGAAUGUUCCAGAAGAUAAAAUACAGGUUAUCAUCGAAGUGACAGAGAUGUUGCACAAUGCAAGCCUACUUGUGGAUGAUAUUGAAGAUAACUCAAAGCUACGACGGGGCUUUCCAGUGGCACACAGUAUCUAUGGUAUUCCAUCUGUAAUCAACUGUGCUAAUUAUGUGUAUUUCCUUGGCUUAGAGAAGGUUUUAACCCUUGAUCAUCCAGAUGCUGUUAAAGUUUUUACCCGUCAACUUCUGGAACUCCAUAAAGGUCAAGGCUUGGAUAUUUACUGGAGGGAUACUUACACGUGUCCUACAGAAGCUGAAUAUAAAGCUAUGGUACUGCAAAAGACAGGUGGUCUCUUUGGAUUAGCUGUAGGCCUCAUGCAGCUGUUCUCAAAUUAUAAAAAAGACUUAAAGCCACUUCUUAACACGCUUGGCCUCUUCUUCCAGAUAAGAGAUGACUAUGCCAACUUGCACUCCAAAGAAUAUAGUGAAAACAAGAGUUUUUGUGAAGACUUAACUGAGGGCAAGUUCUCAUUCCCAACCAUUCAUGCAAUUUGGUCAAGACCUGAAAGUACUCAGGUGCAAAACAUUUUACGUCAAAGGACAGAGAACAUAGAUAUAAAAAAAUACUGUGUACAUUACCUUGAAAAUGUGGGUUCCUUUGAGUACACUCGGAAUACAUUGAAAGAGCUUGAAUCUGAAGCCUAUAAACAAAUUGAAUCACUUGGGGGAAACCCUGAGCUUGUAGCACUAGUUGAACAGCUGAGCAAAAUGUUCAAAGAAACUGAAAAUUAAAAAUUUAACUCCUGGGAGUGAAUUAAAACUCUUUUGAAAAUGGGAAAACAACCAGACUAUCUGAGAGGUGUGAUAAUCAGUCUCACUUAAAACUUUCUCUUGUAGCCACAUUACAAAAAUUACUGUUAAAAACAAUUUGUCACUGAGUAUUGAAAUAUAUACCCUAUUAUCUAUACAGUCUUAACUGUAACUGCUUGCAGAUGGUUUUGUUAAAACAGAUGUACUAGAACUGAAACAAGUUUUGAAUCUAAAUGUGAUCAUCUUUACACAAUCAUCAGCAUUAUUUCAGGCCUAGAGCUCUCAUAUCUUUAACCAGGUUACUGUAGGUUUCUGGCUGACAUUGUGUUAAAUCAGAUUGACUUCAGUGUAUUGUGCAUUCUCAAACAAUGCUCUAAUAAACCAAAAUGUACAAUGUUAAAGAACAAAAGAAGAUACUUGCAACCACAAUGCACAUAAAACUGUUGUGUGAUAUUUCCAAGUUAGACUUGUGGAGAUCAGAUGGAUCAGCUUACUAAGUUCUAAAGUGAAUAUCCUAUCCAGCUUCUGGGGAUAUUUUCAGGGGAAUGUGAAUUAUGAAUGAUAGUAUUUCAUAUGCAAAUAAGACUAAUGUUUAGUCUGAAAUUGUAGCUUUAUAAAGAUUUCUGAGUACCUUAGAGGAAAGAUUCCAUUGCAUCGGCAAAGCAUAAAUUUGCUGCUGAUUCCAGCUCUGCAGUGAAUAAUUUUGAUUGCCUGGUUUUAGAUUUUUAAACUGUCAAAUAUUUUGUAGCCAGGGACUUAAAUCUAUGCAUUAGAGCUCAUACAUGUGACUGUAAAUAGCACCAUGGUAAGCUGCUACUAGAAAUGGAAUGGGAUUCACACCAGGUAACUUCAGGACACCGUAAUUGGUGCAGGUCUCUUUAAUCUCUGCUUAUAAUUGAGAGGGGCUUCUCCAGGAGUUGAUUCAUAAUUCAUACUGCAUUCCUGUUCUGAAUUGCUAUCUGGAGGCAUGUUAUAGGACUCUCCAAACAGACAAGUCUGUAAUUUUUUGCUAAAACAAAGCACAGCAUCUUGUUCUACAAGCUAUAAUACCACUUCAGUUCUGUUAAUUGCUUAAGUAGUGCUUUAAAAUCAUGUACACAGGCAUACUGAAGUAGAACUGAAACUGAGAGCUAGAUUAAGGGGGGAGGGCUGAUAAGUGACAAAACCUUCUGCUCAUCUGUAUAUAAAUAUAUAUAAAGGUGAACAAAACAUAAGCAGAGAUGUUUGUUCUUGGCUGGGCUGGCUUUAAUCGGGUUCACUUUCCUUAGUCUUCACAGCUGCAUAAAGCUUUGCUUUGAUGUAGGGAGGUCAUGGUUUGGAUCAAAGGUGUAGGACUGGUGCUAUCAAUGGUGGUGUUAGCUCAAGCAUACUUUCAAAAGAAACGGCCAGAGGUACUUGGCUUCUGACAACUGAAGGAUAGUUUUAUGCAGGUGUUCAUUGACUGUACCUGGAAAGCAGGAAGAGUCAUGGUCUCAACCCACUGAGAAAACUAACUGAAGAAGGUUGCUGUAAUGUCUUCCCUGGGCAGCCUUAAGGUUCUUUUGACAGUGAUCAAGCAUGAAAAAAUUCAGGAUGACUGCUUUCAGUCAGAGAUUAUGUAGUUAUGGAUGAUAGCCUGUCCCUUUUAUCUGCACGCUGAGGAGGAAUCUUUGCUCUGUGAUUAGGCACAGAGUAAUAGCCUUUUCACUGAAUGGACCUGGUCGCCAGGACUGAAUAGCUGAAAGUUGGUGAAAGGUGUCUUUUUUUAAUGUUAAUGAUAGUGAAUUGUAAUUCCUUUUUUAUAACUUGCAGUGCUUAGUAGUAAGCCUGUACAUUUUUAAUGUUUUAUGAGAAAAUACUAUCUGCAACAAAGUACAAUGUUUUUGUGCCAUGUCUUGGGAGCUUCUAAGCAUUGUUGCAGCUAAUGUUGAAUGGGGGAGAGCACUGGAAAAACUAUUGUUGUCAGGAGAAUCUCCUAGUCUUACUGUAAAAGAUAUCCUUGUGCCUAUUAGGAUAUUGUAACUAAUGUAUGCAAUGCAAAGUGCACUUAGUGCCAUUUCAUGUCUGCUCAGUUGCUGGAUGUAAACAGUUUUGUGGAAUCAAACUUUCCUAAUGAGGUAGCUUUUCUUAUUUUUAUAUAAAACUUCUCUACCAUCUGACACUUCUGCUAUGUCAUCACUUCUUUGGUUCAUUCUGGCAACUCACCCCAGUAUUUAUUCUAAUACUAUAUCUUGUAGAACAUGCCUCCAUUAACUUAGGAGAAAGUACAUUGGAAGUUUUCCAGCUGCAGGCUCUUCAAACCACAAAUGGUUAAGAAGGGAAAAGGUAUCCCAGGAAAAGAAAGCUGGACCAACAAGAAACCAUACAGCUCUGUCUUGCUAUUCUGCCUUCAAGGCUUUUGAUACCAGUAUUCAAAGCAUAUCCUGAAGGUGUAUCUUAAAAGGCCCACAAGCAGGGUAUCAUUGCUCUUCACUUUGGUUAGGAUGAACUGGGGCCUCUGAGGGUUUUUCUUGAUGUAUUCAGGAGUUGGAAGAGGCUGGGAUCUUUCCCCUUCAUCUGUUAAGCAGGUAGAGCAUCUUUAAGUAUUAAGUGUCAGCAGUGAUGAUGCUCCAUAGUCAAGGUAGAUUUUAUAUUUGGUGCCAUAAGAUGCGAGUGCGCACCUUCAUCAGUGUUCUCCAAUAUUGGCUCUGGUACAAUCUCCUGGUGUUAAGCCAUGCUAGGAAAAUCACUUCCUUAAAGCAGCAUGAGAGUUCUUGUGGCUGCAGAAUUAGUUUAGUUGUAUAAGCGCUGCUCUCUGUUGCUAUGCCUCCCACAACAUGGGGAGUAGGGUUUUUCCUCAUCUUCACAAGAGAUGCAUUGCUGUGGAAUGGAAAUCUGAGUUGCAAGUGGAAAUGCCCACGGGGAAGUAAAGGGGAUGCUGGUUUCAAUGUCAGUCCCUUUGAGCCAGAACUGUUCCCCUUGCCUUCCUACCAUUGCCAGCAAGUUCCACUUUGAUCAGGUUACCAGUGCAUUUCUUGGGGGUGUUAGCUCUUGCAGUGUGUAUAAAGGGAAAUGCAUUUAUGCAUUUUUUAUUUUUAUGCAUAUUUAUAAUGCAAAGUCUCCAGCAUUUCCCCCCUACCUCAAUCUGUUUUCUGAUUGUGUGCUUGCUUGGAUGUAAAUGAAUGCUGUCACCUGUCUUUGAGUGGCCAGCCAUUGGAUGGGACAUCUGUCUGCUCCUUCAAAGGCUGAUGUUAUCCCCAUCAGUUAUAGUGAAAAUUGCCUAAUUUCAGGACCUUCCUGAGGAGGUAGCUUGUUUUCCACCUCUCCCUUUGAGCUCAGGCUGUUCAGGUACCCAGUAAGAGCAACUUUGUAUGUAUUGGCCAGUUGUUGAUACAAACAGCCUAAAAAUGUUCAUGGCAGCGGGAAAGUAGCUGUUGGUGCUUCUUUAUGCCUUCAACUUUAUGGUUGAUUUUGCUAAUUAUGAAAUAUCUAAAUGCCUCCAUGUGCUCUGGAAAUUUCCUAUACUAGUGGCUUCUUUCCCCAGUUAUUGUUAAAAUGCGAA